AUAUGUUGUAUGGUUUCUGGUUAAACGAACGUGGACUUUAAAUGGACAAACGAGGUUAAUCAGGCACCAUUAUAAGUGACACCUAAUUUUGAGAAGCACAUUAUCAUUCAAUACACACUGAUGCGGUGUAAUUGUUGUUAAUGACGAUAAUAUAGAGAGACCUAUUGCAUUUUUUGGCUUAAAUUAAACCAGUCAUAUUCUUCGAUUCAGUGAGCUCCGGAUGCACAAACUCCUCCUACUUGGAUUUCCUCCAGCUCAUCUGAUGUGGAUUAUUUCCGGACCCAAAAGUCAUGUGGUACAUUUCUCAUCAACAAUGUUCGGGCUCGUCCUAUUAAAAGGUUUCGGAUGGCUCCUUGUAUAAUUUGAUGUUGGGCUUCUGAUGUUGUCGGUAAACGGUAAACUAAUUCGUCGACUUUCUUCAUGAAGAGAGCCAAGUAGAGUGGGUCUCCAUUAAAUUUGUUUAUCUGUUUAAGUUGCAGAAGAAAAUGGUUCUUGGCCACGUCUGUAAGAUUUUGUGUUGCUUUGCUAUGGUCAUCCCAAAUUAGUUAUUCUGGAAUGACCUGGAACCAGUUCAAAGAACUCUUUCUGCAACAAUUUGAGGGCAACGAAACUACAGAGGCUAUAGUAUUAAACAUUUUUAAAGACGAAUGCUUAUCCCUUUAUGGAAGCCGUCAAUUAAACACUCUGAUGGCCAAGUGGAAAUCAAUGACGACACAACAAAUAGCCUUGCCGGUUGUUCUAGCGCAUACCGCCCAAAAAGACUCUAGAUUGCAUAGUACAAUCGGUAACCCAACAGCUGUCCGGCUUACGAACCAAUAAUGUUGUUAGUUUAAGAGGUAUAAAAAAUAACACGGUAACUAGUACGUUACAAAUAUUAUCCAAUGUCAUGAUUAGCGAGUACACGCUUGAAGUUAUUCUGUAUGUUUUUCAAGAUAGUUAUACUAAUUAAAAUAUUAUAAUUGACCGCGAAAUUCUAUGUCAGGGAUUUGGCGUAUCAAAAGCGAACGAUAAAUUUAAACUGUUUAUAACUGUUUCUAUAAAUACCUGUUCUGCUUUGAGUAAUAGUUGUAAUUUUUCCAAGAUCAAUACUGGUUUGGAUGGUGAAAAUAAGUCAAGCUAGUUGUAUAUUUUGAAUGAAUUCUCGGACGCAUUUAUAGAUGGAUUCCCUAAAAGUCGAGCGACAACCACCGAGUUUCUUAUUCGAUUAAUUAAUCCAUUAUUACAGACUCAGUAUUGAGGAAAAAGAAAUAGUGAGAAAAAGAAUAAAAGAGUCCAAUGCAUCUGGUAAAAAUAUCGAUAGCCGUGAGAGAGAAAUAGACGCACUUUUGUGUAGCUCCGCUUUAAACACCGAAAACACCUUAAACUCGGCUUAAAAAAAUUAAAAACUGCUUACGGCAGCUGCAUAAAUAAGAGUAUAACACAUUAAAGUUCACACGAUUGACCUCCGAUUUUCCGAGCUAAAGGAAAGUCUUGCAGGGGAGAUCCGUGAUGGCGAGGCACGUAUAACCGGCACUCUGGAAGAAAAACUUAAGUUAAUAGCAGCUGACUGCAACAAACUUUCACUGAGAGUCACUCAAUUGGAGAGCGAGGUGAGAGAGAUGGGGAUGCUGAGGCAGCGGGUCCAGGAGCUGGAGGCGAAACUGUCCAAAAACUGCCAGGAUCAGCGCGUUGACGAGUUGGAGGCAAAGUGGGUGGCCUCCUGCAACGCACAGGCGGCGUCUGAAGUCGCCUGUGACUUGCGUUGGCAUGGGGUCCCCCAAGUCCAGGGGGAAAAUGUGAAAGCACUUUUUCACGCACUGUGCUUCUCUCUCAAACUGACCCCGCCGCCUAAAGUACGUACGAUUUUUCGAAUGCGACCGCGAAAAUCGACCCGUACAGUAGUGGAUCCAAUUAUAAUUAUUAAAAUGAAACACGUGCACGAUAAGGUGAGCGUAAAGCUCAUCGGCCUAGACUCGCCAGAGUUUAUAUAUAUAAACGAACAGCUGACCAAAACAAAAUAUAAAAUUUUCAAGCGGGCGAUGCAUCUCAAGAGGCUGAAGCGCGUAACAGCUGUUUUCUCUCUCCGUGGAGAUAUCUUCGUAAAGGAGAGAGAGGGAGGGGAGGCCAUUUGCGUGCAAGUCCUGGGCGAACUGGCUCAAAUGGAGAUUUGCACCCCCGAUGAAUUAGCUGCGCUGGAAGCUGCUAGUUCUGGGACAUUAAAUGAUAAUUCAAUUCGCACCUAAGAGGCGCUUAUAUUUGUAUUCCAUUGUUGUAAAAUUAUCAGUAGUUUUAUUAUAUUUAUUUAGGAUUAGUAUCAGUCGCAUUAAUUUUAAUUUUAUUUUGUUUCUUGGUGUGGUGUGUCUUUAUGUCAUAAAUAUUUAUAGACUGCGAGCGCAGCUAAUAUUUCAAUUAAAUAAUUUAAAAAGGGUGACAGCAACAACAAUAACAUAAACACAAAUCCAAAUCGAUCAAAUAGCCAUGCGGUGUUAAGGAUUCUCGGAAAGAAGAGAGCUGGUCUUAAUGUAUGUCAUAUAAAUGCUCAAAGCCUCACACGAAAAAUUGAAGAAUUUAGAUACCUCUUUAUCAAUUCGAGCGUAGAUGUUAUAUGUGUUUCUGAAACUUGGUUUGUUCCUAAUUUAUGUGAUGUUUUAGUUGAAUGUGAUGGCUAUAAUUUGCAUCGCUCUGAUCGUGAUAGUCAUGGGGGUGGGGUUGCAAUAUAUGUUAGUGAAAAGUUAUGUUCCACGUUUAUAUGUAAACACUCAACCAGUAGUGCAAUUGAAUACUUAUUUAUAGAAAUUAGAUGCCAAAGAUAUGCUGAUAAGCUACUAAUUGGGUGUAUAUACCGUCCUAACUACCGGAUUGACUAUGAACAAUUUUUAAACAUUAUUCCUGACGUGUCAAUUUAUUAUUCAGACGUCAUUAUAACAGGCGAUUUUAAUAGCGAUAUUUUAAGGGAAUCCCACCUUACAGAGGACAUGAAAUCGCUGGGGAUGAAGUUGGUUAACUUUGUGUCCCCUACGCAUUUUACCAAAACCCGCAACUCGCUUUUAGACUUAUUUUUUGUGUCUAAUACAGACAAAGUAGAUACAUAUGACCAACUUAUUGUCCCAUCGUUUUCAAAACACGACCUCAUAUACUUGACUUACGCACUUGACCUACAAUACCUUGACCAUCCAAUAGUUGUUAGGGACUUUAGAAAUAUCAACUAUGACCUUUUGGACUCCACCUUUAAUUUGUGCAAUUGGAAUGACAUAUAUUCCUUUUCCGAAGUAGACGAACAAGUUAACCUUUUACAAAACAAUAUUUGUUAUUUAUAUAACUGUCUUGUACCCGUUCGUAGCAAAGUUAUUCGUGUUUCUGAAAAACCAUGGUUCCAAAAAAACAUCAAAGACAAAGACAAAGGCAGUAUUGCAGAGUGACGGGGCGUACAAAAAGUGGAGAAGGUACAGGACAAGCUUACGCAGUGUUCAAGUCAUUGAGAAAAAAAGUGACCAAACUUACUGACACCGCCAAGGGAAAUUUCUAUUCCCACAAAUUCAACAACGCAUCUUCCACUGCUCAGACAUGGAAAAUAAUUAAAAACCUGGGAAUAUGCAAAGUUAAACCAAGACUUGAACAAGACAUGAAUGUAAAUGAACUUAAUAAAAAGUUCUUAAGCUGCACAGUACCUGAAAUCACUGAUAAUAACUAUCUGAACCCACGAUUUGUACCUGAAACUGUCUGUGAUAUUAGAUUUAGGUUUUUGUGUGUUAAUCCGUGUGAUGUCCUUCAAAGUAUACUAAGAAUUAAGAGUGACGCCACUGGGUCUGACAACAUAAACCCUAAAUUCAUAAAAAUUCUGCUGCCAAAAAUCCUGCCAUACAUAACCUAUACCUUUAAUACUGUACUGACAAAAUCUACUUAUCCGGACUGUUGGAAAGCGGCAAAAAUAAUUCCGAUUCCUAAAUCAAAUAAUGAGUACAGACCCAUCUCCAUUUUACCAUACCUAUCAAAGGUAUUUGAGAAUCUCAUGGCUGAUCAAAUUAAUAAAUUUAUGUCCGACAAUGCAAUGCUUACUAAUAAUCAGUCUGGUUUUAGGAAAAACAGAAGCUGUACCUCAGCUAUUAUAAAAAUUGCAGACGAUAUAAGGGAACAAAUAGACGAAAACAAUGUUACACUCUUAGUUUUACUGGACUAUAGUAAGGCCUUCGAUACAGUAAACCAUAAUGUCCUUUGUGCCAAACUACGUAAUAUGUUUAUGUUUUCUAAAAGUUCUGUCAAACUUGUGUCCUCGUACCUACAAAAUCGUCGUCAAUCUGUUGUACUGUCUAGCGUUUCGUCCUCAUACGAAAAUGUUAAUCGUGGUGUACCCCAAGGGUCUGUGCUUGGUCCCUUAUUGUUUACCUUAUAUGUUAAUGACCUUCCCAAUGCGUUAUCUGAAUGUAAUGUACACUUGUAUGCUGAUGAUGUCCAAAUGUAUGUGAGUCGUCCUUUAAACAGAAUAAAUGAAUAGAUAGAUGUUUGUAACAGAGAACUUGAACGUGUAAAUGAGUGGGCCGGCAACAAUGGACUUGGGAUCAACCCAUCAAAAUCAAAAUGUCUUGUCAUAAGUAAAAGAAAGAUAACUUUUAACAAUUUGCAGCCACUGAGUAUGAAUAGCACGCCACUUGAGUACGUUGAUACAGCUGUAAACUUAGGUUUUACAUUCAACAGAACUCUUACCUGGAAUGAUCAUAUUACAAAGUCUGUAGGGAAAACAUAUGGCAUAAUAAGGACAUUCUCCUUAACUAAAAAUUGCCUGCCCACCCAUAUACGUUUACUAAUAGCUAAAACCUGCAUUGUCCCAGCGCUAUUUUAUGGAGUAGAAAUUUUUUUAAACUGUGACACUACCAGUAAGAAAAAAAUUAAAGUUCUAUUUAAUUGCAUAGCCAGGUAUAUAUUCAACCAACCACAUAGAGAUCACGUAUUCGAAUUUUCGCUGAAAUUAUUCAAUAUCUCGCUAAAUGAAUGGAUAAAGAUGCGAAACUUAUUUUUUCUGCAAAAAAUUAUUUUCCAAAAAGAACCUUCGUAUCUUUUCGAAAAACUUCAAUUUACAUCCUCUAGAAGAGCAAAUAAUCUUACUUGCAUAAGACCUAGAUCAUUGACAUCCGAAAGACAAUUUUUAUUAAUUCUAUUCGAUCAUGGAAUCAGCUCCCAAACCAUCUUAAAGAUAUUAGCAGUGCCACGCAAUUCAAGAUAAAAUUAUUCACACACCUUAAAAACACUAUUACGUAAAUUAAAGUAAAAAUAGAAGGCGACUUAAGUUAGUUUUUAUGAAAAUUAGUUUUAAUUUUAAUGUAACAAUUCAAUAUUUGCAAACUCUUAGUGACUAGCGCAUUAAUUUAUAAGUUCCA